GAGGAAUCAGAAGAAGAACCUGAAUGCAGUGAAGAAUUAGAAGAGAAAUCAGAAGAAUCCGAAGAGGAAGAGGAGUCCGAAGAAGAACCUGAAGACAGUGAAGAAUUAGAAGAGAAAUCGGAAGAAUCCGAAGAGGAAGAGGAGUCCGAAGAAGAACCUGAAGAGAGUGAAGAAUUAGAGGAGAAAUCGGAAGAAUCCGAAGAGGAAGAGGAGUCCGAAGAAGAACCUGAAGACAAAGAACCUGAAGAGAGCGAAGAAUUAGAAGAGAAAUCUGAAGAAUCCAAAGAGGAAGAGGAGCCCGAAGAAGAACCUGAAGAGAGUGAAGAAUUAGAAGAGAAAUCUGAAGAAUCCAAAGAGGAAGAGGAGCCCGAAGAAGAACCUGAAGACAGUGAAGAAUUAGAGGAGAAAUCGGAAGAAUCCGAAGAGGAAGAGGAGUCCGAAGAAGAACCUGAAGACAGUGAAGAAUUAGAAGAGAAAUCUGAAGAACCGAAAGAGGAAGAGGAGCCCGAAGAAGAACCUGAAGAGAGUGAAGAAUUAGAAGAGAAAUCUGAAGAAUCCAAAGAGGAAGAGGAGCCCGAAGAAGAACCUGAAGAGAGUGAAGAAUUAGAAGAGAAAUCUGAAGAAUCCAGAGAGGAAGAGGAGUCAGAAGAAGAACCUGAUUACAGUGAUGAAUUAGAAUAG